AUGGGACGCGCAGGGAGGGGGUCCAUGAGAUUGUGGAUGAGGGGGCGCCAGUUGCGGAGAUGGCGCAAGUGGUCCAACCCCGAAUUCCUCAUCUAUCGCACGGGCAUCCGCCUCGAAGACCUCCCCGAGACCACCGUAUCCGCGAUCCACGCCCUCCUGCGCGCCAGCACCAGCGAAGCAGGGUACGCCCGACUCCUCGCCGCCAUGAAGACGAAUCGGUUCUUGGGGGAUCUGUGUAAGGCGGUGGGCAUUAUGAAUGAGCGGAGUUAUCAGUUUACACUCUAUGGAACGCCCUCGCGCACGGAGCCCUGGGGGUUCUCGCUUUUCGGGCACCAUUUGUGCCUAAAUGUCUUUGUGUUGGGGCGCCAGAUGGUUGCGAGUCCGAUGUUUCUCGGGGCGGAGCCGAAUAUCAUUGACACGGGCCCAAACACAAACACAUCCGUCCUCGACUCCGCCAACGCCGCCGUCGACCUGCCCCUGAGCAUAAUGCGCUCCCUCCCACCCCACCUCCAGCGGGCCGCGCGCGUUUAUGAGAAGCUACAUGAUGAGAAUAUGCCUCCGGGAAGGUGGAAUCCCGCGGAUCAGCGCCACCUCGCCGGCGCCUUCCAAGACAACCGCAUCAUCCCGUACGAAGGGAUCCUCGCUUCGGCCAUGGCCGAGCACCAACAGGGCCAUCUCCGUGCCGUCAUCGCGUCGUUUUUCGAGAUCCUCCCAGCGGGCCCGUUCGCGGCGCGGAUGCGGCUGGUGGAGAGGUUUUGGGAGGAGACGUAUUUCUGCUGGAUUGGAGCCUUCCAAGACACCGAUCACGGCAGCGGUGGUGGUGGUGGUGGUGGUGGUGGUGGUGAGGGCUCCGACGCAUUCUACUACCGCAUCCAGAGCCCCGUCGUUCUCAUCGAGUUCGAUCACCACUCGGGCGUGUUCCUGCUCAAUAAGGAGCCGGCCAGGUAUCACGUUCAUACUAUUGUGCGGACGCCGAAUGGUGGGGAUUACGGGAGGGGGUUAUUGCGGUUGUUCAGAGAGGGUUGUGCAAGUGGGAAAUACGGUAGCCGGUAG